AUGAAAGACGAAGCAGUCCGUAUGAGCUGGCUUAGCGGCCGGCCCCAGCGAGUUUUCAAUUUGCGCCCGCCUCUUGAGUUUUCAUCACGAUAUUGCUCAUACGGGGCUCGAUGGAGCGUCAUGGACGAUCAGAUCCUGUUAACGUUCGAAGAAGAGGCAGACGGCACAGUCAUAAUACAUCCGUCUUCUGUUUUCCUGGCUGAUAUUCACGAUAUUUUGGGAAAAGCUGACGACGUCGUCGAGUUCAGAAAAAUCGUUAAGCUGCCGUUCAACGCUGCAAGGUCAAGGCUAUUGAGCGACCGAGCGGGGUUCGUCACCGCAGAGUUCAGAGAGGACGAAAAGACAUUGAUAUUACGCACGCACGACUGGGACGGAAAUACUACCAGAGAAAUAACAGUAGUUGCGGCCUCGAUUGACGGGAGACUCGUCGUUAAUGGCUCAUCUGUUGCCCUUUGCGUGGACAAUGAACUCAAAAAAGGAUACUGCAUUAAUGGUUCCCGCACAUUGAGCCAGAUUUUAAUCUGGAAUCUAGAAUCAGGAGACUUAACAAGGAUCGACAUUCCCCAAGACGACCGCGCCCCUCAGUGUCAUAGUGGUAAUUUUACGUUUGUCACGCCUUCCUGCAUCGCUCUGGGUGGUCAUAUUGACCCUGAUCAUGACAAAGCAUACGCUGUCCUAAGAUCAAUCUCAACUAUUCCUUCAGAGAAGCAGGCUGGUCGAUAUUUCCACCAUCACGAGAACUUUGAGUUCUCAAACAACAAUGAUGCACUAGCAAUUGCAGGUAGUUCUGCUAGUAAUGAUGUUAUUGUUCACUAUCAUCAUAGUGGCGGUCGCUUCACAGUCGCAGACGUGGGUUUGCUCACAGGUGAAAUUCCGUCUGAGUCACUCCCAACGCCGGGGUAUUUCAUGGAUCCAAAUCUAUUCAAGGACCUCUUUCAUGUCUUCACGGACAAGUUUAGCGCGCGAACGCUCAAAGGUACGCUGAAUGAGGGCCUCUCUAGUCUAGUCAGCAACAAGCUUCUAGUGGAAGAGGAACUUGAAUAUGGCCAUGAUGAAGAAAAAUUCCGUGGGUAUCACAAUGCUCGCUCGUUUGGAGAGUUCCGAAUCCUCUAUCUCUACGAUUUCGACCAGGGACGCUGCAAGAAAUUACGACAGCUUUCGCCUAAUUCUGAGCGCCCAGACCUUGAGGCCCGUCUGAAAGAGCAGAACCCUGACGCCAGAGUGACUGUUGUGUCUCGUAUGUUCUAUACUUCUAUUGAAGACGACAUUGAUAAGGAAGAAGAUACCUCGCCAGAAUGGGAAGAACACUUCCGACAAUUGUGGGUGACUGGUCAGGCGCGCGGGAAGGGAGAGGCCGAGUUCCCAGUGCUUGAAUUCGAUGACCCUCCAGAAGGCCAAAAUAACCCUCGGAUGCUAUUCACGCGAAGCAUGCUUUGCCUUCCUAAAAUAAGAGAAGGUGAGGCGCUUGCUUUGACAACAUCUGCAAUAGUAGAGCUCCCUACAAAUGAAGCAGACGGAUAUGUGCACUAUUUUGGAGAAGAGUAG